AUGGCAAAUCGGGUGGUUAAUGGCGGCAAAGUGCUCGUGGAAGCAAUUCAAACAGUGGUUCCAACAAAGGCAACAGAUCCACGGCAAUCGCACAGAAUCACGGUUUCACAGAAUGUGGGGUCCACGGCGGUGCUGCAGCGGCGCUUCCACCUGCUCCUCUGCUACAACAAGGCCUCCUCCGAGGACUCUGGAUGGCUCGUUGCCGGCCAGAUUAAGGAGUCUCUCGGAAGAGCCCUGCAGGACUACCCCUUGCUCGCCGGCAGACUGCGCUGGUGCGACGCUGAUUUGGAGAUCGUGUGCAAUGAUUCCGGCACUCGAAUGGUCGAGACCAAGGCGGAGAUGCCGUUGGCUGCUUUUGUCGAGAGAGAAGACGAGACGGAGCUCGUUUUCUAG